AUGCCUGCUUCAAUGUCGUUAAUUGUAUAUAUUGUCGAACAAAAUGUAGAGGCAGUCAAUAAUUAUGAAAUACAAAGAGGAAUAGGGCUUAGCCGUAUACCUGAAGGGGAACCACAGCGGAUACGCUUUACAUACUUUAUUCCUGAACCAGAAAUAACAGUCGACAGAAGCGAAGAUCUUGAACCUUUGACCGGCGGUGCAUUACAAACGAAUGCGGUGUAUCUUGUUCACAUCCAUCGGGAAUCCUCGCCAUUUGCCAUUGCCACGUAA